AUGAAAUUGGAUUUGCACAGGCUUGCUAUUAAAAUUUUUCAGUUUUGCGCGGAGCACUCUAUUCGUUUGGAGGUGCAGUGGAUCCCACGAACUGAGAACGAGAAGGCGGAUUAUAUCAGUCGCCUUAUAGAUUUUGACGAUUGGCAAAUCACGCAUGAUCUUUUUCUAAGUUUGGAGGAGUUAUGGGGCCCACAUACAGUUGACUGUUUUGCCAAUUAUUAUACAGCUAAGCUUCCUAGAUUCUUUUCGCGUUUCUGGAAUCCGGGUACGUCAGGAAUUGACUUCUUUGCCCAAGAGUUAAGUUCCGAGAACUGUUUAGUGGUUCCUCCAGUUUCUCUUGUCGCCCGCGUUAUCCAUUAUUUGAGCCUACAGAAAGCAAUGGCUACUCUUGUAGUCCCAUUAUUGCCUUCGUCGAGUUUUUGGCCUCUUCUGACUAGUAAAUAUCGGUUGUUCAUGAAAGGAUGUUUUACGCUGAAUGCAUUCCGAGCUCUCACCCUGGGAAGAAAUUUAAGUUCAUUCCUUGGUUCGCCUCGUUUUACAGGCGAGGUUGUCGCGCUUAGAUUUGAAUUUUUGUAAGGAUUAUCCAACUUUUAUUGCCCUUCGAGCAGGUCAUUCUGAACUAGCUUUUAGUACUGGUAUUUGCAAGAUUUGACACUGGUCAUUAAUAGCAUGGACAGCUGUGUCCAGAGUAUAUGACACUGGUCAUGUGAAGGGACGACUGCGUCCGUCGGAGAAGAUUUCUGUCGUUUUGGAUUUCUGUUAGUAGAACGAGUUUUCGAGUUCUCUCGACAAUGAGAGACCUGUUCACCUAUGGAAAAUUGUGUCGCUUUUUUUUUUUUUUGACACUGGUUUGCGAAUCGUAACUCAACCUGCUAUUCUGGCCAAGGUUUUUUCACAAGGUUGAGCUGCGUUAUUCUUGUUGGUUUAGGUUACUUACCUUUCUUAUCAAGGCUGUAACUUUUUGUUUUUUCCGAUUGUUAGGUUAUUUAAGUGUUCGAGGUGACUGUGUCCCAGAUAGGGUUGUUGCCUAUUUUAUAUUCGUUUGCCUGUCGUUUAUGGGGCCUUUUUGGGGGAUUUAAAUGAUCUGCUAGAGCAAGUCGCCUUUAGGAUAUAUAUGCAGUUUCUAUGCGUUUGUUAUUAGUUUUCUUUGUAGGUUUUUCGCUAUGGCUUUGUUUAGGAGCUACUUUGCAUGCCUAUUUUGCCCCAGGGAGGUCGCUGUGGUUUCUUUCUAUUAUGCUGCCUGCGGACAUUGCGUCAUAGGCAUGGGGCCUUUUAUUAGAAUCGCUAUCAUCGCUUGUGUUGCAUUUCCUAAAGCCGCUAUCCUGUUGUUGCAAAAUUUUGGUGAUAUAAUUUUUUCUUGCAGGUCGUAGUUGCAAGUAAGGCAUGGAUGGUGCUCCCUCCUGCUAUUAGGCCGGACUUUCAUUCUUUAUUUAGUAGUUUACUUUUUUCUAGGGCGGACUCUACUGCGAAGAAGUAUCUUAAGGAAAUAAACAAGUUUUUACUGUGGUGUAGGGCUCGGAAAAUUGCGCUACAGUUGCCAUUUUCUUCUUCUGUUGUCGCCCUUUAUCUAUUUGGAUUAGAUCAACAGCUUAGGUCCCCGGCCGCAAUGGUUUUGGUCCAUGCUGCGCUGAAAUGGUUCCAUUCCUUUGUUCCUGAUGAUGGUCCCAAUCCUUUGGAUAACGCUUGUUGCAAGAACUUGAUUGAGUGCGCCAAGAGGACAAGGAGCAAUCCAGUUCACAAGAAAAAACCCGUGGACCCUGCUAUCAUUAGAAGCAUUAUUGGCAGACAUGGCGCUGAGGAAGCAUCUUUAAAGGACUUACGUAUUGCCCCAAUAAGUUCUUUAGGUUUUGCAGGAUUUUUUCGUUUUAACGAGUUGGCUAAUAUUCAGCCAAAACACCUCACGUUUUGCGAUGGUUUUGUUAAAAUUUUUGUGCCAAGGAGUAAAACGGAUGUAUAUAGAGAGGGCAAUUAUGUUUAUAUUGCUAAGUUAGAGAACAAAUACUGCCCAGUAGCUAUCUUACGUAGGUAUAUUGAAGCAGCCAAUUUGGAUCUGUCUAGUCACUUGCCUUUAUUCAGGCCAUUAACGAAGAACAAGUCGGGAUAUACCCUUAGGAAUGGCAAGUUAUCCUAUACUCGCUGCAGGGAAAUAUUUAAGACUACUUUGAAAGAUUUGGGCUAUGACCCCAAGGAAUAUGGCCUACAUAGUCUGCGUUCAGGGGGUGCUACAGCAGUUAUCAGUAAUAACGCUUCCAAAGCCGUUUCUGAGAGGUUGUUAAAACUUCAUGGGCGGUGGAAAACAGACGAAGCAAAAGACAUGUACGUUUUAGAGACAGAAUGUAAUCGUUUAAGUGUGACGAAACAUUUAGGUAUUUAA